GUUGUUCCAAAUGUAUGUAGUAUAGUCCUCCUAAUCAUCUUGGAGCAGUGCCAAUGUUCCCCCCCACAUCCGAGCUCCAUACAUGACUUGUCUUGAAUCUCUUGUCUUUUGCUCCGGUUUCGACCCAAUCAAUACCAUACAUACAGCUCUCUCACUCUCACUUGCACUUGUUUGGUCUCAUUUUGGUAGACUUUUCUUUUUUUUUUUCUUUUUUGGCCCUAUUUUUUUCCCCUUCUUUCUCUUGGUUUAUUACCAUUAAGAUUAUAAUCUCUCUAAAGUGUGGUACCGUUUGGAAUUACUACCACUUCUCAACCCUGAUUGAUUGACGUGA